CUCUUUUGCGGCUCAACUACUAUUAAUACUAUCAUCCGCAUUCCCUACCUCAAUCGCCUAUACCAAGAGAUAUGGAGAAAAAUUCAGAGAAGACUUCUCUCUAUUCGAGCAGAGAACAUGUCGCGGGCGACAGACUGCUCACCUUUGAUGAAAUUCAGCAUGUUUCGCUGGCACAAUGAGACGACUAUCAUCUUCUCCUUCUUUCUGCCUCUCCACUUCUACUUCACCCUGUACCGAAACGUACUAGCAGCACAACCAAUUGAUGCAGCAGUAUUCUUGAUAUACUUUGCUGGUGUCGCGUCAUGUUUUGCCGUUUCAGCAGCAUUCCAUACUGCAGGCAGUCACAGCCAGGCUGUGCACAAGAAGUACAACAGAGCCGACUGCUGCGGCAUCGUACUGCUCAUGUGGGGAGCAAGUCUGGCAUCGAUUCAUUUCGCAUUUAUUUGCGAUGCUCGAAUGAAAACCUUACAUUGGNNUUUCUUGUUCGUCUUGUUUAUUCCCCAUGUGUUGGUUGAGAAGUUUACUGAUAGUCUUUUGCAGAGUUCCGCAAGUGCUACCGGCUGUAUCACGUUUAUCCUAGGCCCAAUGUUCAUCAGACCGGAAUACAGAACCCUUCGCGCACUCACCUACCUCAGUCUGGGUCUCUUCGCUAUUGUCUUCAUCGUACACGGCAUGUAUCUCCAUGGAUUCACACUUCAACGGCGACGACUAUCGUUGGAAUGGAUGGGCUUGAUGGCUUUACUCAACUUCCUUGGCUGUUCUGCAUAUGCUUUUCGCAGCAGNAUACCGGAAUCGAAAUUCCCGGGCAAGUUUGACUUCGUGGGCGCGUCGCAUCAGAUUAUGCAUGUUGCUGUGUUGGCUGCUGGGUUAGUGCAUUACCAUGGUCUUUCGAAAGCGUUACUGGAGACUAGAGGGGAGAUCCGACAAGCCUGU